CUUGCUGAUGCAGAUGGCAUGCCCCCGUCGCCUCUUCUUCCUGACGUCUCGCACGCGAUCGCAGCCUUACGGAGAGCUCACUUCUACAUCUGUCGUAGGAUCCGCAGCCCUUGGAUCCUCGCAUUGCCAACAUAGCCUCGUCUACUCGAUCUGGCUCCCCAAUCACUCGAGAUGCCUUCACUGAAAGCACCAACACCGCUCGCCCUACCCGGAACAGAUUUUGCUCCAGCCCUCUACGAUGAGUUGCGUUCGGCUGUCAAAGGCCCCGUAUAUCGUCGGAGUGCCCCGGAAUUCGGCGAGCGUGCCAAAACUUUCAACGGGAAGAUCACCAUCCUGUCCAAGGCCCUCGUCUCGCCGCUCGACACGCAAGACGUGAGUGCAAUCGUCCUCUUCUGCCGCAAGCAUGGCCUCUCUCCCUCGGUCAAAGCUGGCGGUUACGCGACCGCGGGCUGGUCGGUCGCCGGCGAUCUCAUCGUCGAUCUAGGCAUGAUGAGGGAGUGCGAAAUCGAGCCACCUGUCGCGGACGCGGAGGGCGGCAAGGACUGGACCCAGCUGGCCGAUAUGCUCCCGCUUGGCAGCAAGGGUAAGGGUCGUGCCCGCCCCUCAGGAAAGAAGGAAGAAGUGGCAGGCAAGGUCCCGCCAGAGACGUCGACAGUCCCCGCCCAUGAGGCUGAACAGCCAGCCAUCGGCGCCGGGACGAAGCGGAGACGAGAAGACAGCCCGGGGGCGGACGCGGAGAAUCGGCCUCUCCCCAAGCUCGCAGCGACACAGGAGAGGCGCAAUCUCCUGCGUUCGUACGACACGGCGUCCGAUAGCGUUGCUGCUUUCUUACGCGGCCCACCGCUCCCCGAAGAAGGCGGGGAAGAGCCCAGAAAGCCUCCAGCCAACCGCCGGAGGAACACGUCGCCUGAACGGGCUGCGAGCAAGCCCGAAGGCGAAGGUCAGUCUUCCAGCAGCACCGCUCGUAGUGAGUCUAUCGGCGUACCGGGUCCACUCGCCAUGACUCGCUCUGGGUCAGGCUCAGGCUCAGGCUCAGGCUCAGGCUCAGACCCUUCAGAAGCCGGCACGCACAUCACGACGCCCGACACCGACGAGAAAGGCUCUCCCGACGCGCCGUCCUCGCGCUUGCAGGAUCCCUUCGGAUACCUGACCGCUGAAAGCCUCUUUCCCGCCACUCACCCGCCGAGCCUGACGAGCACGAACCCGUUCGGCUUCGCGUCCGGCUUGUCUUCUACUAUGCUCACUCCCGGGUUCUCCAGCAUGAGCAUGAGCAUGGCCCCCUGGUCAGCAUACACCGCGUCAGGCUCGCUCGGAAGCCAAGGCGCCUCCAGCGCCGGCGUCGGCCCGCGCAUCACGUUCCCUCUCCCCAUGGGACUGGGUAUGGCCCCGGGCUCGUUCCCGAUGGCCAUGGGCAUGCUGCCGCUGUCGCUCCCGCAGGAGGGUGGUGGCUUCGGCGUGGUCGCGCCGGCGCGCCCGGUCCACCCGCACGCGUAUGUGACGCUGGGCGCGGGCAUGCGCCAGAAGGAGGUGGAUAUGUUCACGGCGGAGCACCCGCUCGAGGGAUACAGCGGUGUGACUGGGGAGAGACAGGAGAGGGUUGUGCCGUAUCAUAUGCCUUCGUCCGCGCACCCGGUGGGCUCGUCGAUCUUGUUGCUCGCGGGCUUUGGGUUUAUAAGCCGGAUGUAUGGGCUGAGCGUCGAUAAUGUCGUCGAGAUAGAGAUGGUGUUGGCAGAUGGUCGGAUCGUGAUCGUCAGCGAAGACAGCGACCCAGAUCUAUGGUGGGCGAUACGGGGCGCUGGCCCUGCUUUCGGGAUCGCCACCCGCUACAAAGUCAGGGCGUUCCCAGUUCCCGUCGUCUUUGCAGGCAACCUUAUCUACCGCUUCCACCGCGCUACCGCCGCGUCCCUCAUCAAACACGUCCGCGACUGCAUCAAGGGCGCUCCGCGUGAGCUGUACGCCAACGUGCUUCUGACGGCCGGCCCGGCGGACAAGGACUCGCUCGUGGUGGUGCAGAUGUGCUAUGUCGGGUCGAAGGAGCAGGGUAUGGAGUACUUGAACGCGAUCUCGAGCUGGGAUGGAGAGCGCUGCUUGCUGAACGAGGUGAACGAGAAGAGCUACUUGGCGCAGCAGGAUAGCGUCGCUCAGAUUCUGAGGGGGAAAGCUGGACGGCAAUGGUUCAUCCGCUCGUCACUCAUUCACUCCCUCCCGGACGACAUCAUCAACCAGACCGUCAUCCAAUUCUCCAACACACCGAUCGGCUGCACGUGGAUCUUCGAACUGUCCGGGGGCGCUAUCGCCGAUUUCGAGGACACGCCGAUUCCGAAGGAGCAGCGGGAGGCGGUGUGGACCGUCGCGGCGCUGCAUCAGUGGGAGAUGGGCAUCGACGAUCCGAGGUGCAUCGAAUCCGCGGAGGAGUGGAUUGACGGGACCAUCGGGAAGGUCGCGCUGGGCGGGCCGUUCCCGUCCUUCAUUGGGCGGCAUGAACCUCCGUCGCGAACGAUGGCCUGUUUUGGCAAGAACUGGGCACGUCUGACGGAGCUGAAGCGCAAGUAUGACCCUGGUUGCUUCUUCAAGAAUAACUUUUGGCCGUUGGACAAGAAUGGUCAGCCGGUUGAGCCCUUGUCGAAUGAGCCUCCGAGCCCAUCUCCGUGAUCCACACCGACUUUUGUUUCCACCAUGUGAUCCUGUCAAUGUACUACUUCAUCUAGGUGUACUUACUGCCUAUCAGUCAAUAUUUCCUCAUGGGUGAGGUUGCUGUUUUCAUCAUAGCUCCUAGGCAGGCUACGUUCAUGUCAUUAUCCGGUCACUAAUGGCAAUGCUCUAUACUCCGAUGCGGAGGAUCAUGUACUUUACAACCCCCUCAAUCGCUUCAAG